CAGUACGUAAAACAAAUGAAAACUCAGACGGCAAAGUAUUUUCCACCCUUUUCUUCAAGGUUUCCCUCCGAGUUAGCGAUCGUACCGAGAAAGACAUCUUGUCGAUAAGUUAACAAUCAACAUGGUUCGAUUAAUUACCUUGUUCCUGGGUGCUGCAUGCACUGGGUCUGCCACGGCAUUUGCUCCUGCGAGUAACCCUAGCGGUGCGUGAAUUACAUUUCAUUUGAAUAUAGCUCGGGACAAAGUGCUUCCUCUUUUCGCAUUACCUGUGACCUUGCUUCGAUUCGAAGGUUUCUUUCUCACUUUAAAUGUUACUACCCUUUACUUCAUCGAUUGCCUACCUCCGCAGUGCGAGCUGAGAUUACUUCUCUAUCAAUGGCCAACGCUCUGAUUGUCCAGAACAAAGGAGGGGGACACGGAGAAUUAGGUAAGCCGAUGUCGAGUUUCAGUCUACUUCGUUCCAACUGCAGUACCGCACGCUAGCCUGCGAUUCUUGCGGCUCUUCGUGCUUGUUUCAGAGAAUGAAUAUUGGAUCACCAACUAAUCGUAACAGCUAUCAUCCUUUGCCUUGUUGUAUUUUCAAAAUUUAAACCAAGGCUUCCAACUGGCCAAGAAAUUGGCCGCGGGUGAUAAGAUCGAAAAAAUCACGAUACUGCAAGAUGAUUCUUGUGAUCGCGAGGCAGAGCCAUUCAAAUCUUAUUCUUCCCAUCUUCCAGAAGUUGAUGUUGUUUAUGCUAAAUUGGGAGACGAGUCGAUGGAUACCAAUGGUAUCCAAGACUUGCUCGGCGGAGAAAAGUUUGAAUACAUCUUUGACAACUAUUCCAAAGGCCCAGAAGGGUCGAGCAAGGCGCUUUGUGACGUUGCUAAAGACUGGGGAUGUGUGAAACUUUACGUAUACGUUUCUUCCGCUGGAAUGUAUCAGCCCACCGAUGAAACAGAGUUCCCUAUGUCUGAAGCGACCACCCCCAUCAAAGAAUCGGCCGGUCAGGCUAAGAUGGAUGAAUACAUUGCAGAAGAAUGCAAGCUUCCAUUGGUCUCGUUUCGUCCUCAGUACAUUUACGGUGAAAAGUCGAACAAACACGACUACAUCGAUUGGUAUUUUGACCGGUUGACUGCUGGUGCUCCCUUGCUGAUUCCAAGCCCCGGAACCCAAAAGGUGUCCCUUACCAAUUCGGAAGAUGUAGCGUCAUUGUUGGUCGCACCGCUUGACAACGAAGAAGCUGCUGUGGAACAGAGAUUUUUCAAUUGCGGAACAGAUAAAUUGCUUUCGUAUGACGAAGUAGCAUACUUGUGUGCUGAAGCAGCCGGCAUCGCAAAGGAUGACGUGAAAAUCCAGCAUUACCCGGGUGAGACGUUUGGAAAGGCCAAGUUUCCAUUUCGACUAACUGACUUCUAUGUCACCCCAGAUUUGGCAAAAGAAAAACUUGGGUACAGCGGAGCAUCGAAUGACUUGCAAGAAAAUUUGAAGUGGUAUUAUGAAAACUACAAGGCCCGUGGCAAAAAGAACGUUGAUCUCACCAAAGAUCAAGAGAUCUUGGCUGAGUUGUAAUGAACUACAUAUGUAAAGAAUCUAUUUUUCGAUUAAAGAACCCAAACGCAGGUUAUCUACACCUCGACUUCUACGUGAUUUCAUGUUCAUUUCAUGGGCAGCACAAUCGUUCACAGAAAGUACGAUUGAAAUCCUGGUAUUUUAAUGUAUCAUUAAGGGUGUAUCACAAUCAUUAAUCUUCAAGUUCUCUUGCUAUUUCUGCCUCCAGUUCAUCUAACUCUGGAUCUCCACCAGCUUCGUCAAGAUCCUCAUCGAUAAGCUGGAAGCUACAUUCUGUGUUUCCGGUACCAUCCAAAUCCCCAUCUGACGAACUCUCUGAUGUUUUUGUCUCGUCCUGCACAUUUGUGUUGUCAAAAAUAAUCGCUUCCUCUUCGACGUCGUCAGGGACAGGAGUCGAUACAACAUCUGCGUCACCAUAUUCUGUGGAAGUGGUGUCUGAUGGAUUCUUUGUUGUGCUAGAUUCCUCUUGGUGAGACCAGAUUUCGUCGAGACUUAGUCCGCACUGAAAAAGUGAUUGGAGCAUUAAUGUUAGAAACAAAAAUGAUUAGUUUUACUUGCCUGUGAAACUAUUAUGAUAGAAUUCCACACGAUGCAUGAUUACGAUGCAUGAUUAUUGUUUUCUCGCGUACCUUGUAUCGAGUAAAAGCACAAUGGAAAAAGUAAUUACGCCAAAAGAUUCGUUCGCGAGCACCUCCACCUGAAGAAUCAAAGAAAAGAUACCCGUCGAUAGAUGAGAAAUAGUUCACCAACAUAAGAUGGAUUUUCGUGCGAGAGAAAAAGCACCUGGAUACAAAGUUAUACAGCAGAUCAAUGCAAACGAAACAAGUUGUAAUAAAAAAGACCCCGUAUUGAUACUUACCCGAUAAUUUGGCCUGCAUCAUCACUAGCUUCGGAUCUUCUUUUAACACCCUUUGGAUCAACCCCACGUGUUCAUCAAGAUCAAAAUCUUCCAACAGAGGGGGUAGUGGUUCGAGUUUCGCGAGCAUUUCUUGGCUCUCUUCCGACACCCCUGUUCGAUUAUUUUCCUCUCCUACAAAACUGGUUCCAUCGACGAAACCACUGUCCUCUUCACCAGCAGCUGAUUCCUGUGCUUCUUCCUCAUCUCCGUUUGUCUCAUCUCCGAUUUCUAGUGUUUCCUGUACAGAUAAGUCUACGUUUAACAAUGGCAUUUCAAACGGCCCAAAGAAAGUUUCUUCGGUCUCACUCAGUUCCAAAAUGGCAUCUCUGCAUUCUUCCACUAAAAUCUAAGAUGAGAUACAAUGUGCAGAAACAAGGAAUUUGUGGGGGAUAAGAAAAUGGAUGCAUUUGAAGGAGAAGGCUUCACCCACCCAAGCAAAACAAUCCACACAUAAAUAGUGAAAAACUGACCUCCCUUUCCGCAUCCAAUGUUUCCCACGGCAAAAUUCGAUUGAGACGAUCUUUUGCUGCUGCUUUUCGAAACUCUUCAUCUUUGUAAUUUUUUCUCUCCGAUAUCAUCUCAUCCGUGUUGAGGGUGAGUUUCGACAGGAAUUCUUUGUGUUCUGUGGGAAUGGCUUCUUGAACGGAUUCCGUGACGGCUUGAACGGUCUCAUUCAAUGACUCAAAUGCAGAAGUCAGCCCCGACGACUGGAACCAAGACGACAUGGUUAUUAUUCGGUUUUGAACAAGCGCUAACGAUGCGGAUUACUCUAUCACUGUACCGCAGAUAUCCAGUGAAGAUGAGAAAGGUAGAAUAGACUGCUGUAAGUGGU